AUGGACAAGGAAUGUCCGCAUUGUCAUGCUCUGAAAUUCAAAAAUGAGCCAGCUGGGAUGUGUUGCGCAUCAGGAAAAGUGCAACUACCUGAAAUUGAAACACCACCUGAACCAUUGAACGGCUUACUUAUCGGCACGGAUCCGGAUUCUAACGUGUUCCUGAAGUCAAUUCGAAGAUUCAAUUCAUGCUUUCAAAUGACAUCGUUCGGAGCAACAGAAAUAGUUCGAAAUACUAAUGCAAAUGGUCAACAAUUCAAUUCUACAUUCAAAAUCAGAGGCCAAGUUUAUCAUAAAAUGGGCUCACUGCUGCCAAUGCCAAACGAACCACAUAAAUUCUUACAAAUCUACUUUAUGGGCGGUGAGGAUUCCGGAAGCGCACUUGCCAAUCGCGUGAAUGCACGUUGUGAUUAUAAUAACCUUGAUUCACUUUAUGCCAGGCGCAUCGUCAGCGAGCUAGAUGCUCUUUUGAACGAGCACAACGAGUUGUUGAAAAUAUUCAAAUCACAUAUGCACCAAUUACAAAGCGAUAAUCACGCUAUCGUCAUUAAUCCUGAUAAAACACCAGCUGGAGAGCAUAUUCGUAGAUUCAAUGCACCCGUUGUUGAUGAUGUUGCUGGAAUCAUGGUUGGCGAUUGUACCGCUGCACGAGGAAUUGUGAUUCGUAGAAGAAAUAAUAAUCUUCAGUUCAUUGCUGACACACAUCGUUCAUAUGACGCUCUCCAAUAUCCGCUAAUAUUCUGGAAGGGACAAGACGGAUAUUGCAUAAACAUAAAACAACGAGAUCCCGUAUCAGCCGAAAUUGGUAACCAUGUCAUUUUACCAUCAUCGUACGUAGGCAGUCUACGUCAUAUGCAAGAAUAUAUACAGGAUGCUCUGACUUUCGUGCGCGAAUAUGGACGACCAUGUUUAUUUAUCACGUUCACAUGUAAUCCAAAAUGGCCAGAGAUUACAUCUUUGCUACUGCCUGGCCAAAAUGCAAUACAUCGCCAUGACAUUACAGCACGUGUGUUCAGACAAAAGUUGAAGUCUUUGAUAAGUUUCAUUACUAAAUCACAUGUAUUUGGUCCCACACGUUGCUGGAUGUAUUCGGUUGAGUGGCAAAAGCGAGGAUUACCUCAUGCACACAUUUUGGUUUGGUUCAUCGACAAAAUCCGUCCUGAAGAAAUCGAUAGUAUCAUUUCUGCGGAAAUUCCAGAUCCAUCCACUGACCAACUGCUGUUUGAUAUUGUUACAACAAACAUGAUUCAUGGUCCAUGUGGUACUCUUAAUAGUUCAUCGCCUUGCAUGGCUGAUGGAAAAUGUACUAAAAAUUUCCCUAAAGAUUUUACCAAUGAUACGGUCACAAAUGUCGACGGAUACCCAAUAUAUCGUCGAAGAAAUCCUGAAAAUGGCGGACAAUCAUUUAUUAAAAAUAUCAUCAACACAGACAUUGAUAUUGACAAUCGUUGGGUGGUGCCAUAUUCGCCUCUGCUGAGCAAGACAUAUAAUGCUCAUAUUAAUGUUGAGUUCUGCAGUUCUGUGAAGAGCAUCAAAUACAUUUGCAAGUAUGUCCAUAAAGACAGUGAUAUGGCUGUGUUUAAAGUGGAAAAUACUAAUGUGAAUGCUCCUCCAGUGAAUAAAAACGAUGAAAUAACGCUCUACCAAAUUGGUCGGUACAUCAGCUCCAAUGAAGCUGCUUGGCGUAUCUUUGGUUUUCCAAUUCAUGAACGGGAUCCAGCAGUUGUUCAGUUAGUCAUCCAUCUUGAAAACGGUCAGCGUGUAUUUUUCACGAACGAGACAGCGAUUGAUCGUGCAAUAAAUCCACCUAAAACUACACUCACUGCAUUUUUUGAAUUGUGUAAUCGUGCGGAUGAUUUUGGUGCCUUUGCACGAACAUUACUCUAUUCACAAGUACCACGCUAUUCCACAUGGACUCAAACAAAAACAUGGAUACCCCGCAAGCAAGGCUCACCAGUUGCUGCAUGUCUCAAUUUAUUUAAAUCAAACGCCUUGGGGCGAUUAUUUACAGUCAAUCCAAGACACACGGAGUGCUUUUAUCUUCGACUGUUGUUGGUUAAUGUUACUGGCCCAUUAUCAUUUCAAGAUAUACGUAAAGUGAAUGGGCAACAAUAUCCAACGUAUAAAGAUGCAUGCCUUGCACUCGGCUUGCUGGAAGACGACAACCAGUGGGAAUGCAUGCUUGCUGAAGCUGCAUUGAACUGUACAGCAAUACAAAUUCGUCUACUAUUCGCUAUAGUGUUGACUACAUGUUUCCCAGCCCGAGCACAGAUAUUAUGGGAAAAUCACAAAGAUUCAAUGACUGAUGAUAUAUUGCAUCAACAUCGUAUACGAUGCCACGAUCUAACCAUAACAUUCAGCGACGAAAUGUACAAUGAAGCAUUCAUUGCUAUUGAAAAUCUUUGCAUUGUCAUUGCCAACUUACCACUUAGUAAUUUCGGUAUGAAUUCGCCAAAUCGAACUGCAUCUGAUUUAAUGAAUACUGAAAUGAAUCGUGAACUGCAGUACAGUACUGUAGAAAUGGCAGCGAUUGUUGCCCGCAAUGUCCCACUAAUGAAUGAGGAACAAAUAACCAUUUAUGAUCGCAUUAUGCUCGCAGUUUCAGCUGGACAAGGUGGGUUAUUCUUUUUGGAUGCACCGGGUGGAACUGGCAAAACAUUCGUUAUUUCGCUAAUUCUUGCUGAAAUACGAUCAAAUAAUGGCAUCGCAUUGGCCGUUGCAUCAUCGGGCAUUGCAGCAACUUUAUUGGAUGGAGGUAGAACAGCUCAUUCAGUAUUUAAGCUGCUACUGAAUAUUCAGAAUAACCCUGACGCAGUAUGCAACAUUAAGAAACAAUCGUCCAUGGCCACUGUGCUGAAACGGUGUGAUUUCAGACAAACACUUCCAGUCAUUCCACGUUCAACAUACGCUGAUGAGAUCAACGCUUGCUUAAAAUCAUCUCCAUUGUGGCUUUUCGACAAAACAGCGGGCAAGAUACUAGAGCGUAUAAUUCAUCAAAGGAUAGAAGCUGUUGUUGAUCCACUCUUAUCAGACAACCAGUAUGGAUUCCGGAAAGGACGAGCAACCCUUGAUGCAAUCAACCUGGUCGUCAAUACAGCCAAGGAGGCAAUCGCUGGGAAGAGAUGGAAAGGUGGUACGAAAAAGGUCCUGAAGUAUGACACGAAAAACGGUCCGAAGGAGUACGAUAUCACUGGAGGAGUACCACAAGGCUCAGUUCUUGGACCACUCCUGUGGAACAUCAUGUACGAUAGACUCCUGAGAAUCGCGUUGCCAUCAGAGGUCAAGUUAGUUGCAUAUGCCGAUGAUGUAGCUGUAGUGAUAGUCGCGAAACAUCUGGAAGAGAUAAAUCUGGCCUUUGACAUUACAUUCGGCCGCAUCAACCUAUGGAUGAAUAUGAUGAAUUUGGAGCUGGCCAAGCAUAAAACUGAAGCAGUGCUUAUCACUAGCAGAAAAGCAGUAGAAACAAUCAAAUUAGAAAUCGGAGAACAUGAAAUUACAUCACAACCAUUCAUCCGAUACCUGGGAGUGAUGCUCGAUGCCCGACUGAACUUUAAACAACAAGUCGAACAUUACAUUAAGAUACGAGUGGCUUAA